AGUUUGCUUGUGUUUCUUGAGUUAGUUCCUUUUAGUUCUACUUGUAUAGCCAAGUAGAACGGAUUUGUUUUUUCAUUAAAAGUUGAUAGAAUACACAUGAUGUUUUGUGGAAGAUUGUCAAAGCAGCUGCUAAGAGCAAGACAAUUUCAUUCUACUCUUGUUAAAAAUGAAACUAAACCUACACCUCCGUCUUCAAAGUCAACUACUUCUAAAACCAAAAUGACAGCCGAAGAAUUGCAAGAACAUGUAUUGGGGGCACCUUUACACACUGUGGGCGCUCUCGAUAAAUUUAUAUUAGUUUGGGUUAAACGGUAUCCUAGUAUAAGUGAAGUACCAGCGCAAGUGAGCAUACCAUGUAUUCAGAAGGCACAUACAAAGGCAAGGAUUUAUGUAUGCUAUAUGAUGAUGGUAUUUGGUAUAGCUGGCUUUUUUAUAUCAUCGUGGAUGGGAAAAAGAGAUGCUGCAGCUGGGAAAAAUAUAGUAACAGAGAGAAUGAAGUGGUAUGAAGAAGUAAGAGAAAAAGGUCGAAAAGAAAAGGCAGCUGCUGAAGCAGCAGCAGCAGCAGCAGCUGAUAAACAAUGAAAUACAAUCUCACAAUCAGUUAAAUUGAUAAUAUGAAAGAAUUCGAAAAUUAUUUACUGAUAACUUCUGAAUACUCCGAACAGUUUCACUAGUCUAGCAUUGUAUGUGAUUUAUCAAUGAUAAUAAUGCAAUGAGCAAUAAUAUAAAUUAGCAAUACUCCAUUCAUGGGGUCGCUUCAGCGGUUUUGGUUCCCCACGAGACUUGGAGAAAUGCAGUAUCGUAAGACGCGAAGUCGCUUGGAGAGCAUUAUUUUAUGAAUUCAUUGUUUUUAAACGUGAUUACGUUAUGUAUAAGUUGUGUACAGUAAGUAUUCUAAGUACUCUUCUGUAAACAAUCAUAAUAGAAGAGAAUGUAUUUUUAUAAAAAAGUGUAAAUUCUUUAGGCUCAUUUUCAAAUCUUAUUAAACAUUUCUUGCAAAUAUACAAUAAAAAGAAUGUUCCAAAACAUUUGUUCCUUGUAAAAGAGUUUGAUGAUAAAAAAAAUAAACAAAAAAUUAUAGUUUG